CGAUGAAGGGGGGCCCGGGGAUCUUGCAGGACACGUCCCCAGGCGCCGCGCCGAAUAUUGUGGGCCAUGAAGCGCAUCUUUUCUCUGUCCGGGGGGCUAGUUCGGCAGCCGGGCGCCCCCUCUUGUCUUCUGUGGGAUAUCCCUGCGGCCCCGCGGACGCGCCGCGCCCGCUUUUCAUUGGGUGGCGCGCCGGGGCGCGACUCUCCUACGCGCGAGUUGGGAGCUCUGGGGCUCGCUGCGUCUCGAUCUACAUACUGGCGCCGGGCCUUUGCCGCCAGCAACCUACCCACCCUGCCUUGCUGCUGCAGCGUCUGCCAGGUCUUGCCAAGGCCCUCCGACUUUUGCGUCCUACCGUUGCAGCCCUUUGCGCCCGCGCGGGGCUGGCCGCGCGCAGCCUCGCCACCCAUGCGCACGCCAGCGGCAUCCAACAUUGGGUGUCGCCCGCCCCUGCGCGUCCGCGGCCAUUGUUGAUUAUCGGAGGGCCGUACGCUGCGUAUAUUAUCCAUCGUUAAUUCAUUGCCCGCCGUCUAUUCAUGAAGUCUCUCUGUCUUCGGCCGUAGGAGCUGCCGCAAAAUGAGCCUGGCAGCGGCAGAGGACGGCCUGUAUGGUGGUGCCAGCACUUCCCAAACUGUCUUGCACUUGUACGACGAAGCCUGGGACCCGCUUUCUUAUGGUCGUCGGGGCCACCAAUUCAAGACGGCUUGUUCCGUAUCUCGUUCGAGUGUGCGUGGUUUGCCACUUGGAUCGCACGCGUCGCUUGCUGUUCUAGCU